AUCAUGAAUGACUGUUAUUUCUUCGGCAAUUUCAUUCGAUUGAGACCACCAAAUAAAAAUUUCUGGUUUUAUUUAAAAAUCCCAGCUAUUUGAUUCUCUCUCAUUCUCUUCCGACUUCCAACUUCCGAGUACCCGAUACUACUGGCUACGACUCUGCAAUAAUAUUUCUGCAACUAAAACUUUCAUCAGGUAAGCUUUUAAUGGCUCAAACGGAAUUGGACACAUCCUGGACGGCGGGAUGCAGAAGAAAAGAGUCUUUUUUCUUUCUUCCGGUUGAUGCCGAACACAAGGCCACCGAACUAAGGUUGUUCUCUUUGGCGCCACCACAUAUGCGUGCAUUCCACCUAACGUGGAUCUCCCUCUUCUCUUGCUUCUUCUCAACUUUUGCCAUACCUCCGCUCCUACCCAUCAUCCGUGAUGAUCUCAACCUCACCGACACCGACAUCGGAAAUGCUGGAAUUGCAUCCUUUGCCGGCGCCAUCUUCUCUCGUCUAGCAAUGGGACCUGCCUGUGACUUGAUUGGCCCCCGCCUCGCAUCUGCAACUAUCUCUCUCCUGGUUGCGCCGAUUGUCUUUUCCACCGCUCUUGCCUCAUCGGCCGGAGCUUUCAUCCUCCUCCGCUUCCUCAUCGGAUUGACGAUAGCCAAUUUCGUGUCCAACCAAUUCUGGAUGAGUUCAAUGUUUUCAGGCAACGUCGUUGGGCUUGCCAAUGGUAUAGCCGCUGGGUGGGCCAACGUAGGCACCGGGGCUACCCAGAUGUUAAUGCCACUGAUCUACUCCCUCAUCACUCGCCUGGGCGUAGCGUCUUUUACUGCAUGGCGUGUUGCUUUUAUUGUCCCUGCUGUAUUCCAAGCCAUGACAGCACUGUUGGUGUUGGCAUACGGCCAAGACUUACCGGAUGGGAACUAUAACCAGGUGAUCAGGAAUUCCAUUAACAAGCCAAAAGGCAGUUUGUCUCAAGUUCUUUUUCAUGGCCUCAAGAAUUACAGAGGAUGGAUAUUGGGGUUGACAUAUGGGUAUUGUUUCGGGGUCGAGUUAACAGUUGAUAACAUAAUCGCACAGUACUUCUAUGACAGAUUUGAUCUGAAGAUUCAGAUUGCUGGCGCCGUUGCAGCAAGCUUUGGAUUGGCAAAUUUCGUGUCUAGACCAAUUGGCGGAGUGAUAUCGGAUACAACGGCGAAGAGGUUUGGGAUGAGGGGAAGGUUGUGGAGCUUGUGGGUGGUUCAGACCGUAGCUGGGCUACUCUGCUUCCUACUUGGGCGUGUCAACUCACUCUAUGCUUCAAUUAUUGUGAUGUGUGGAUUCUCUUGCUUCGUCCAAGCUGCUUCCGGUCUGACGUUUGGGGUGGUUCCUUUCGUCUCCAAAAGGGCGUUGGGCGUAAUUUCGGGGAUGACCGGGAGUGGUGGAACUGUAGGUGCAGUGGUGACUCAGUUGCUGUUUUUUUCUGGCUCUACGUUUUCAAAGGAAACCGGCAUUUCUUUGAUGGGUCUCAUGAUGAUUGUCUGUACUCUUCCAAUUACUUUGAUAUACUUUCCCCAAUGGGGUGGAAUGUUUUAUGGUCCAUCCAUGGAUUCAGAUUUUAUGGAAGGAGCAGAGUAUUAUAAUUUGAUGGAGUAAGAUUUCAAUGCGAGAAACUAUAUAAUUGAUAGAUCAAACUAUCAAAACGCUCUCUGGUACUGUAAAUAAAAUUUAAGGCAAACAUUUAUUCAUGUACUCUUUUUUUCUUCUUUGCUGAUGGUCAUCUUUAUUUACAAUAUACCUACUGACGAUGAAGCUA